AUGAGACUUCUCUUUUUCUUCUCCUUCUUCUUCUUCUUGGUCGUCGCGUCCAUGAACGCGAUCCCCACAGACCACGACCGCGUCGGCACCGGCUUUGGAAGCAUCCAGGGAGCAGAGAACUGGAAACCAAGUCAUUGGGCCCAUUGUGACUAUCGCAACCGAGUCAACUACCACAGUCAUUGUCGAGGUGUCAUCCACUUCUCCACCAACAGAAUGGGACACCACCUCCAUGCCUACGUCAACCUCGUCAUCGGUACAACCUGUCCAGCCAACCAGCUGGGUGAGCACCAUUUGGGUGACACCACAAACGGUCUUCAGCACCAGCUUCUAUACUGUCACAACCCAUCUAAGCCAGUCUCCUCCCAUAUCCCAGUCAGAUCUCUCCUUGUCAACUUUCCAAUCCUCAAUUUCAUCGCCAAGCAGCUCAGCUUCUCAGAGCUCCUUGACAUCAAUUACCAGCGCCUCAACUCAGUCCAGACUGUCUUCUGGCACCGCCACAAUGAAGCUCACUACGUCAGCUUCCAGCAGCUUGACUUCGGCCACUUCAUCUGCGCCCUCAUAAUGCAGGCCGGCAUUGCUGAUGCGGCUACUGCUGCUGGUUACGCUUCUGAGGCCAGUAACUACAGUGUCACCGCAGUUUCCCUCAUGAAUGGCAUGAGCUCCACCUUGUCUAGCCUCGAGGGUUCAGCAGAGGCACUAGAUGGUGCUAUGCAGGCAAUCAAUGAAGGUUUAGAAACCUUGACCUCGAUCGAGAUGGAAGACCUUACUGAGGCUGGUCGUAUUUUCAGCGCCUAUCCUGAAGUUUCCUUGGCGAGGGGCAUGCUUAGCAACCUCUCAAACAUCAUGAAGAUUGCCUGGGCGAACUCGCCCACUGUCAUUCAGAGCCUCUGGAGCCUCUGUCAGGGCCAAUGGCUACCAAUAACUUCAGGUGGAGCGUUGAUAACAAGUGUCUGGGGCCUCCACGAGAUCGGCAAGGGAGCAGUGACGGAACAGAAACCAGUGGAGCAGCGAUUACACUUCAUCUUACUUGAGCAGGGGUUUCCCAUCAGCAUUUUCAACAUCUGGACAUUUGCCCUUGACCAAAACAGGGGCACCAAGACUGCUGCGGAUGCGUCUGUCAAUGAUGACCUGAAGCACAGGGGGCUAGAGCCUGCUUAUGGACCUGGGUACACCACAGGGAUCACCAGGCCAAAGGCAAUGCUCAUCCGGUUGAUACCAUUCGUGCGCGUGGUAUAUUUGCACCCAACCUUUGAGCAAAAGAAAAGAUGGUCUAUUGUCUUGGACGCCCUCGAGGGCACGCAUGCAAACGGACUCAACCAAAAUCGAUCGUUUUUCAGGAGCUCUUCUGCCUCUGGAAAGCGUGAGCUUGAAGAUGGUCAAGCACAAAUGAAUCUGGCAGCCUUCUCUCAUCGGAAGGGUAUGUUUCCAAAUUGGGAAUACACGAGAGAUUCGUCUGGAGGCGAUGGUGUUACAAUAUUCGUUCCGGACAGCGGUGCGUCCAUCGAUGGACCCGCUUGGCAAGCUGAGAUGCGCAAUCCAGAGUGGUAUGUGGCUCCGAAUGAAUUGACUCUGGCGAAUAUUCCGGAGGAGCUCCAGGCCCCGAGAGAUAUGUUCGAUUGGGGAGCACACGGUACCGAUAUGGCAUGUCUGGCUAGCGGCCAUACGUUCAGUCUCGCACCUAAGUCUAACCUGUAUCUCAUCAAGACGACAAAUGCGUGGCUCGAUAAGACUGAUGUCCCAGGGGGCGAUGAUGUCUGGAUGCUGAAUCGAGCCUCUCCCGACUCGCUACACGAUGCUUACUUUCACAUUGUGCAGACAGUCAAGAACCAAGGGCUGCAGGGGAGAGCAGUGAUAAGUAAUUCAAACGGCUUCCACUAUCCUCGUUACAUCAACGAUCAGUCAACAUGGGAGCCUUUAGCACGUGGCGAAGGCCCCGAAAUGACAGAAGAAGAGGUGAAAAAGGUGAUAGAUGAGUUGGCUAACUUCGUCCGAGCCGUGAAUGAAGUCUACGAUGAUAUAGCCAAGGCAGCUAGGUCGAACGGUGUCAUCUGGAUUCAAGCUAUAGGCAACCAAGGUGCUUACCCUUAUGGGGCCGAAGACCCGCGAAUAGUUCCAGGCGUCAUGGCCGCAGCUGGAGAUACGAUUCCAAGGUUUGGAAGCACAAGAGACAGUGAGAUGAUUACUGUCUCGGCAGCCCUUGAAGACGGAACUCUCUGGCCGGGUGCGUGUCCUAGAGGCGUCCACGUGGGAGAUGUCUUCAUACAGGAUGACAACGACCCUAGACUGCCGGCGGGCACAAGCCUUGGUUGGAUCGACAUUUACGCCCCUGGAUACGACAUGCCUUCUUGUUCGGUUGACGAUGGGGCGACGUUGUUCAGACCACGACAAACAAGUGGUGCCGCGGCGCAGGUGGCUGGCCUGGUUGCGUACUUUCUGGGCUUGCCGGAAAACGUUGAGCGAUUUGCCUGGAGUGACGCAAGAAACCAGCAUCUGCUGUGGGGAGUCCGGAUGAAGCAAUUUAUGACGGCUCUGUCAUAUCAGUGGACAGACGGGAUUGAUGGCAUAAUUCAACCAGAGUACCUGGGGAGGCUGCCUUUCAACCUUCCUAGCAUUGUCAACAUGGCCUACAAUGGCGCACACGGGCCUAUGAAUGGUGAGUAG